UGCUGCCCGUGGUUGUAGAUGUAGAUACACUAAUUAGCGCAACGAACACUAGCAGCAUACAUUUUCAGAAUUGAAGCAAGGUCAUUGUGCAUCAAGUGUUAUUUAUCAGUCAAAGAUAGCUUUGGAACAGCUAAUCUAGUCUGGGAGUUAUGGGUAGUGGCUGCUCCAUUCUCGAGCAGAUAUGUCGAAGUAAUUGUGUGGCGUUACAUCUGUAAUCUAGUGAAGUGUUGUUGACAAGUGAUUAUUCUCGAUAAAUCGAAAAUAAUUUCAUAAAGGCGUACUUAUAAUACGUAUAGGCACGAAUCGUGAAGCAAUCCUACACUUUACGACCUUCUGGUGCAGAGAGGUUGAAAUUAUUGUACCAAGUUGACGUGGCUCGGCUCCCAACAACUCGAUACUUGUUGUUAGUUUCGGUCAAGACAGUUGUUUCCUGCCCAAGUUUCUGAACGGACGGUGACGAUCCCUGUGACUUGUUACAUUACUUGAAAUUAAUAUUUUAUGACCUGAGACGCGUGUUUUUGAAAUUUUCUCAAGUUCAGUUGGAAGAGAACUUCCGUUUUUGAAACACGAAACUUGGUCUCGGUAUCACUAAUACUUCCUAUUAAUAACAAGAUCGCUCAGAAAUCCAAGAAAUCAUGGAGUGCUGUUCAACUCUGUUGUUGAGUGUUUUGGCAGGUCUGGUGGGAGUUUACUAUCUGGUAUGUAGAAAGAUGAACUACUUCAAGAGAAAGGGAAUCCCGUAUGUAAAGGGUAUACCAUUCAUCGGAAACAUGAGUCCAGCAGUUUUCAAACAGAUGUCUUUCGCCGAGAACGUGCAACGAUUAUAUAAUACUAAACGAGAUGUCAAGUACGUCGGAAUUUUCGAAUUCAUGAACCCAGUGGUAAUGCUGCGUGAUCCUGAACUGAUAAGAUCAGUGACUAUAAAGAAUUUUGACAACUUUCAAGACCACCGAAAUUUCAUUGACGAAGUGCUGGACCCGCUUUUUGCAAAAAACUUAUUCUUUCUCCAGGGGGAACGCUGGCGAGACAUGCGGUCUCUUCUCAGUCCAGCAUUUACGUCGAGCAAGAUGAAGAUGAUGUUCAAAUUGGUGUCCCAAUGCGGUGGUGACCUCGCGGAUUACCUGAUAGCAAAAGCUUCGCUGGAGCCAAUUGAGGUAGAGAUGAAAGACAUCUUUACAAGAUACACAAACGACGUCAUCGCAACCUCGGCCUUUGGCAUUACCGUCAACUCACUAAAGGACAGAGACAAUGAGUUUUAUACAAUGGGUAAAAAAGCUACGACUUUCAGCGGAAUGAAAACAAUCCGAAUAUUCAUCGUUAGGAGCAGUUCGUUCCUCGCCAAACUAUUCAGCAUACGAAUCAUCGAAACCAACGUGCGAAAAUUCUUCAGUAACGUAAUUGAGUCAAAUAUAGCAAUGCGGGACAGUCAAGGAAUCGUCCGUAACGAUAUGAUACAUCUGAUGCUGCAGGCACGUGACAAAAGCGACAAGAUAAAGUUGAGUGUCGAAGAUAUGACCGCUCAAGCCUUCAUUUUCUUCUUCGGUGGAUUCGACACCUCGUCUACGCUCAUGAGUUUCGCUGCUCACGAGGUCGCGAUCAACCCUGAAAUCCAGGACAAGUUGCGGGCGGAGAUCGACGCCGUUCUCGAAGUGGUCCAGGGUGAGCUGACCUAUGAGGCCUUGCACGGUAUGCGGUACUUGGAUGCGGUGAUGAACGAAGCUCUGCGUCUUUAUCCUCCAGCGGCAAUGGUGGACCGUCUUUGCAACAAGGCUUUCGAGCUGCCGCCAGCCGCGCCAGGAUUAGCCCCGCUCACCCUGAAGCCCGGGGACAACAUCUGGCUUUCGAUUCACGGCUUGCAUCGGGACCCCGAGUAUUUUUCCGAACCGGAAAAGUUCCAGCCCGAGCGAUUUUCCGACGAGAACAAGAACAAGAUUCCACCGUUCGCCUUCUUACCUUUCGGACUUGGCCCAAGGUCGUGUAUUGGAAACAGGUUCGCCCUCAUGGAAGCAAAACUGGCCCUGUUUCACCUCGUCGCUAAGUGCAUCCUGUCCCCUUGUACCAAGACUUCGAUUCCUAUACAGUUGGACAAGCAGGAUUUCAACACCACUGCGGAAAAUGGUUUCUGGUUAACCAUUCAACGACGGUCGUAGUCUCAUACCUAUAAUGCAUUGUGUUUGAAUGACUGUCGUUCUGUACUUCAUUGCAAGUCUUCGUGCGUAUAACUUGUUGAUGAUCCUUAUCGGCUUACGUCGUAAUUACGUUUUCAACGAAGAGCACGUAUAACCUCAUGUAUAGGCGUACAUGUAUGAUGUAAAUGUAUUUAUAGAUACGCAAUUUCUUUUCUAUUGCCAAAUUUUAGACUACCGAAGACUUGGAGCUGUUCAGUUAAUUCGAAGAGUCAAUUAAAUUGACUAUCGUUAACGAUAUUCAACUAAACGUUGAGAGUAUCACAUAACAUCGACGUAAGAGUUGAACGAACGUGCUGUAAAAUAAGUUAAACUCAUUGAAAGUUGUAAGUAUGAUGUGCUGUAUAAGAGAUUAGGAUAAAAGUGAAAAAUAUAUCAUA